ACAAGUGGCCAAGAUUUGAAAGACAGUGACCUUGAGGAGCUGUGGACCUUGCUUGACCCUGAAAAGACAGACCCCCAAGUGGAUCUGGACACUUUCUACGCUGCUGUGAGGGGCUGGAUGGCUUCCUGUAGACCCAAUUGGGAAGGCGUGAGGAGCAGGUUCCCCGGAAUCGCUGAAGAUUCUGUUUUUGAAAGCCAGGACAGCAUACACUCAGUAGCGAUGACCACAGACAUAGCAGAUUCUACAGCCUGGAGUCUUGAGGCUUUGGGUGGAGACACAUCUCAGGGAGUCCUCGAUGUGUCUGAUUUCAUUACCUACGUGGCACACCUACGUUUCACCCAACAGAAGCUGGAGGGGGAAAAUCACAACCUUAAACUGGCAUUAGAAUCCUUGGAGGAAGCCAGCAGUCAGCUAACAGAGGACUGUGCAGAAUUGCGUCUGCAAGUGAGAAGUGCCCAUCAAGCUAUUAUGAGAACAAAUCUGUUGAAAGAAGAACUGGAGGAACUGAAAAUUACUAUGAACGCUUUAGAAGAGCAGAAGAGCAUAACAGAAGCUCAGAACAAACAAUUGGCGACAGAAAACCAGGCCUUGAUUCUUAAGAUUCGGGUUCUACAGGAAGAGAAUCUUAAGAAUGCUAUGGAUAUAGAUAGACUGGAAAAGAAGAUUGAGGAAUUAUCUGCAAAUGAGACACAGCAUCAAAUGAAGUUACACAUGUACGAGAAUACAUUGCUUAAUAAAGAGGCAAGUACACAAGAGAAGGAUUUAAGAAUAGAAGAGCUGAAGUCAACCGUCAGAGAAUACAGAAGCAUUACAGAGAAUUUACGAGGAGAGAAAAAUGAACUGGCUCGCAAGGUGCAGCAGCUGCAGCGGGAGCUCGUCGUAAAUGGGAUGCAGCUGAAUGCUAGUAGAGAACACAGCAUUGCCGUCUUGGAAGGAGAAAACUCUUUGCAUCGUGAGCUCAUCCUUGCUGGGUCAGCAGAGAACAAUGGCACUGACUGGCAGUGCAGUUUAGCCAGCUCGUCAGCCCUAGAUGCAAUGACAGACCAAGAAACGCUGAUCCUCAGACAGCGUGAACAAAGUGGAGUGGAAUUCACAGCUACACUUCAGAAGCUGUUUGAAGAAAUUUCAGAGGUUGAAACCUUCAUUGAUGGCUCCUUCCAGUGGGUCACUAAUCCAGAGAUUGCUGUCAAAGAAAAGUGGGUGCAGCAGCUUACUGAAUUUAAGCGUGUCAUGAAAAAGAAGCUAAAUCUUUGCAGAUUAAGACUGAACAGCUUGGGAAAUCACAAAGAAUCUCUUGAUAAAGUCCUUGUCAAAUUAAGAGAGAUUGUGAAGAAAUGCAGUCUGGAAUAUCUUUAUUUCAGAAAAGAGUUUUUUUCCAGUCAGAAACAACUAGAAGCCAUCAAACAACUGCGAGAAGAUGCUGUCAACCAGGAAGCCAUCCUCAGGAAAAAGAUCCAAGAAGCCAGCAAACAACUACAAGAUGCAGAGCAGCAGGUGAAGGAUCCAGGGUGGAUAGCCCACUCUGCCAGUGAAAAAGGCAAGUCUCCACUGCAGGAACUAGAGGAGGCAAUUUUGGAGCAGCAGAACCUCCACACUAUAAAUACCGAGGUAUCGAACGCUUGCCAGACACUUGAGCAGAAGACAAGAACGCUAAACACAACUAUUGAGUCACUUCGAAAGCAGUUAACUAAAGGACGACUUCAUCACUUGCUGUUUCAGAGCAUUUUAGAUGAGGAAUGUUCUCACCAUGAUCCGCUGUCCUCCACAGAAAACAUUCUGCAGCCUCUUCAAGAAAAAUUGAACCAUUGUUAUGGCAAAGUACAUGGGGAUCAGGAAACAAGAAUUCAUCAGACACCUGUGGUCUUGAAACAUACACUGUGGUACACACCUCUGCUGGAUGCCCUGAAUCUGGAGAGUGGCACAGUGAUUCCACGGCUGGCACUGGCCCCCUUCUCAUGCAUAGCCCACCCAAUCCAUGCUGCACGUGAAAGGUCCAAGAAAGGAGAAAUAAAGCAUGGUGCUCUGCAUGUGACUAGACAACACAAGUGCCCAGGCCUCACGGGUGGUCCCAACCCUGGACCAGAUCUUUCAGCUUGUAUCAGGAUGAGUGAUGACCUAAGUAUGGAAGGGAAUGGUGGUGAAGGCUCGUAUCCUGGGAACCUGCCACAGUCCAAGGAGCAUCUCACACUACCGUCGACCAGGCACACUUCUACAGAGAGUACUGUAACUUCCAGUGAUUCUGGAUCAGAAAAUUUGCAUAUGGCUUCAGGUGACCUUGACUCCAAAUCAUUCUGUGAGACACUGGAGGAAGCAACAUCAGUAUCUACCAUGAUAGAGAACCAAGGCAUUGGUCCAGCUCCUGAGACUAUCCUACGCCGAGAAUCUACGAGCAAGGAUAGACCUGUGUCAAAUCUGGAAGGCAAAGAGGAGCCCAAAACAAAAAAAGAACACAGAAAAGAAUGUGCUGCGGAAGAAACCAAGGUUUCCCCUCCUCCGGUAACCACUGGGAAAUCGGUUAACUUUAGACAAAGUGACAACACUUCUGCUAAUGAGAAAGAGGUGGAGGCAGAAUUUCUCAGAUUAUCUUUGGGAUUUAAGUGUGACUGGUUUACAUUGGAAAAAAGAGUGAAGCUUGAAGAACGGUCCCGUGACUUGGCAGAAGAAAACCUGAAGCAAGAAAUCACCAACUGUUUAAAGCUCUUAGAGUCUUUAACGCCGCUGUGUGAAGAAGACAACCAGGCCCAGGAAAUCAUUAAGAAGCUGGAGAACGGUAUAGCGUUUCUUAGCCAAUGUGCAACCCGAGUGGCCAGUAGAGCUGAGAUGUUGGGGGCCAUCAAUCAGGAGAGCCGGGUGAGUAAAGCGGUUGAAGUGAUGAUCCAGCAUGUGGAAAACUUGAAGAGAAUGUAUGCCAAAGAGCACGCUGAAUUAGAAGAACUCAAGCAGGUUCUUCUGCAGAAUGAAAGGUCUUUUAACCCUCUUGAAGAUGAAGAUGACUGCCAGAUUAAGAAGCGUUCAUCUUCUCUGAACUCCAAGCCAUCUUCUCUUCGAAGAGUGACUAUUGCCUCUUUACCCAGAAACAUUGGAAAUGCAGGCAUGGUGGCUGCAAUGGAAAAUGAGAAAUUCGGUAGGAGGUCAAGUAGUUGGCGUAUUUUGGGCUCAAAGCAGAGUGAACACCGCCCUUCACUACAUCGAUUUAUUAGCACCUACUCCUGGGCAGAUGCCGACGAUGAAAAAUGUGAUCAGAAAACUAAAGAUGACCCAGAAUCACCUGGAGAAGAAAUAGUUGAAAGGAUCAGAAAGCCAAGCCUCACUGAAAGGAAAAAUAAUCCAUCCAAGUGGGAUAUGUCUUCCGUCCCUGACACGCUGGCCUGGGUGACAAAUCUCAGGACCUCUGUGAGAAAGGCUAAUAAAGCUCUCUGGCUGUCGGUCGCAUUCGUCGUACUGUUUGCAGCUCUUAUGAGCCUGCUCACGGGCCGAUUUUUCCAGAAGUCUGUGGACGCCGCUGCCACCCAGGAAGGGGACUCCUGGAUCUCUCUAGAGCACAUCCUCUGGCCAUUUACCAGACUCCAACACAACGGGCCACCGCCGGUGUGACCGCCGCAAACCCUAACGUAUGUGGCUUGACUUUUAACUUGCCAUUGUCUGAACUUCAUGAAACGAGUAACUUUUAGCUGGGAUUUCACUUAGGGAUAGCACAAAACCACAGGUUUUCGGAGAAACUGUAAAAUAUUUUGCAUUCCCACUUUGUGUUUUAUAGUUGGGGAGGUGACCACAAAAAGGGUAUUUUAACGAGGUUUUUGAGAAAUACGUUGUUUUGCUACAAUUUAUCUAAAUAAAGAACCCUUCAAAUCUUC